AUGGACGAAGGUCCCGAUCCCAAAGCUCCUCGGCGCAAGAGGGUCUCGCGCGCUUGCGACAGGUGCCGGAGCAAAAAGGACAAAUGCGACGGUAUUCGUCCCACCUGUUCCGCCUGUCAAGCCUCUGGCCAGGCCUGUUCGUACGAUCCACAUGCGAAAAAGCGUGGGUUGCCGGAGGGCUACGUCCGUGGUCUCGAGAAGCUUUGGGCAUUAUCCAUCUGUAACAUUGAUGGCUUUGAAGACACCAUGUUGGCUCUCUUGGGCACAGCCCCUGGCUCCGAUGGCCGGAGGGACAAGCUCAUGAGCUUGUGGAGAGAUGAUGGCACCUCAGAAACAUUGCAUGAUUCCUGGAAGACUAGUCGCCUGUACGGUGCGCUCGAGAAGAUGCUGGCGAAUUCCGAUACGUCCUCGACCCCGGGAUUCGGUAAAAGGUCGCGAGAGGGUCAUGAUCGCGAUUCAGUUGACUCGGCUAGCGAAUGGGGUUUUAGGAUCGACCGAAGUUCCACGCCCUUUGCUCACGAUGCACCCCGAGUGAUCAGAUCGACUCCUUCGCCCAAUACCAAGAGGCCUCGAUUGUCGUUCUCUGAUGGCAGUCAACCUGCGCCGCAGAUUCUUUUCAGACCCCAAGCCCUGAAACUCCCUUCACAGACUUCACAACUAUUGGACCUGUAUUUCGCUGUCACCCAUUCCUGGUUUCCGGUCGUCGCGAAGCAUAACAUUCUGCGAGCUUCUUACCUCUACGCGAGUUCUCCCCUCUCCAUCACGAGUAUGUCGCCUGGGUCCGGCGACCAUGCGGCGCUGUGGGCUGUGCUCAGUUACACAAUUUCUCAGUCGCGCACCAGCGCACGAGACCGCGCGCCGGGGAUGAUUUCGACAACGAAAAAGUACUACGCGAUCUCUCGCAACCUGAUUCCCUCGGAAACGGAACGUUACGAACUCGGACAUGUGCAGGCACUUCUACUACUGGCCCUGGUGAAUACCGGCCUUGAAGAUUGGACCGCUGCCUGGCUGCUGAGCGGCCAGGCUAUUCGCAUGGCUAUUUCCAUGAACUUGGGCUCGCUGGUGGAUGUGCGGCGGUCCGACGAGUUGCGGCAAGGGAAAGCUGUUUUCCUCGGCUGCUUCGUAAUCGAUUCAUUACUCUCUUUCCGCCUGUCGCGAAGGCCCUGCAUGCACCCUCGCAAUCUGGCCACGGUGGGACUCCUGGAAGAGGACGGCUUAGAAGAGUGGAAUUCGUGGGCCGACGUGCUCCCACCGAGGAGCACGGCUGGGGGAAAGAAUCCGCCGCGCCGGGGACCGUUGCUUGCCCUCAGUUGCUUCAACCGGCUUGUCGAACUAGCAGGUGUACUCAACAAAAUCGCUCGCGACGCCACCACUGGGACCAAUUCUCAUAUGGUUGCGCAACAACUGGUCUCGGAAUUGAAGCAGUGGGAUGAUCGUCUGCCCCUCGGAUGCAGGUUGAUCGGACCAGAUAGUAUUUAUCCCGAACGGCACUCACCUCUCCUUCCUCAUCAGAGCUACCUGGGAUUGACUUAUGUUGCUACGCUAUUAUGGCUUUAUCUGCACAUUGCGUCCCAGGAAAUUGGGUUCCACCGCUCGCAGCGACCCGCUGUCGAGGGUGCUAAGAAGCUUCUGUUCCGCGUCCUUCCAAUGAUCUCUCAGCAUCUGGAAAACUUUCCCAUGUGUGGUCUGCCUCCGAUCUUCGAACUCUCUUUGCGCACCAUCGCCGAACAGGCGUCCAUUUUGCGAAGCAGACUGGAGCCUGACUCGUUCCCGUUCGCGCAAUGGGCUGAGGCACUUCUUCAACGGACAGUGGAGCUUGAUUCUACGUGGCCCCUGUAUCGUUCGUUGAACACAACUAUCGAGAACUGGAACAAGUUCAAAGACAUGCCAGAACAAACAUCAUCUCUGCCAUCAUCUGAGCAAGAUGUCUUCUUAAGCAACAGGCAUAUGAUGUCCAACAUGCCUUCCGCACUCGAUAACAUGGCAGCCGCAACACCGAGGCAAGGAAAUAUACCGGGUAAUAUGCAUGCGUACUCGGAUAGGAGAAAUCGCCCCGGUACAGGCGAAGCCGACCAUGCUUCCUCGAUACUGGGUAUCAGCAUUCCUAUAGAUGUGCAGUACAUGACCCCCAAGGAUACAACAAUGGAAGCCACAGACUUUUCCGUGCUUAAUGUAUCUCUGCAACAGUCGAUCUCUGGGAUUCCGGCAUCAUUUGACAAGACCAAAUCGACGAAUGAAUUAGAUAUUAUGCUGGUCUCAUCUAUUCAUCCCCAUCCACCGACUCCCGACUCCUCGACAUCCAACUCAAAUGUGCCCGGCAGUGCCACGAGUAAUGAUCGGUCCUUAGCCCUGGGAUACGAUACAAACGUGAACUCCGACCACUCCGUUACUGAUGAUCAUGCCACACCUAAUGACCUCGAUGCUAUCUUCAAAGACCUUGCAUAUCUUGACACAACAGAAUGGGCUACGAGUCGCGAGGCGGGCUUGAAAGAUUUUGGCUUCAUGGACGAUAGUACCUUCCAGGCAUUUUGCCACGACCCGGAUCGCUUGGGCGGGUCGCAGCCAUUGGUUCACCCUCCGUCCAUUGCAGACAUUUGGCCUCCGCCGGGUUUCUUCCCAGAGACGUUUCGGGAUUCCACAGAUGAGCCAAUGGAGAGUUGA